AUGAAAUAUACAUCCGAUGAUCAACCAUCAUACCCUGUUGGUGUAAUUUGUGUGUGUACUACAAAGAUGAAGUGCAAACGUAUGCUAUAUGAAUCGGUGCUUUUUAGGGAAGUGACAAUCAUCACCCUUUUUGUCCACCAAAACCAGAUGAUGUUACAAUAUGUUAUACAAGCGGACACCAAAAGCAAAUUAGGACAUCAGGGAAGGGAAAUGCCACAUGAUAACUAUUAUGCAUCCACCCUUAUAAUUCACUAUCAGAGACAAAAGGCACAAAAAGAUAAAGAUUCCAAUGGGACAAAAUGCCAAUUGUUCACAUGCUCGAACCAGAUGUUAUUGGUGUACUAUGGUGGCUUAGUUGGAUUUUAUCAAGGAGUAAGAUUUGUUAUGAAUCCAGAUGACUAG